AUGGGAAUACAUUAUGUUAUUACAUUUUCAGCUCAAUAUCCACCGAAUGCAGAAUCAUCAACAACCAAACUCCUCACAGCUCUACAACUACUCUUGUUACUAUUAACGCCGUCACAUAGGAACUUUCUGCAGAGGUUACUGCGGUUGUUAAGUACAGUAGCGGACAAUGAGGCCUCAAAUAGAAUGUCACCUGAUACUUUGGCUACAAUGUUCACACCUCAUCUACUAUGCCCAAGAAAGCUAUCACCAGAAACAUUCCACGCGGACUCUAUCGCUCUGUCGCCAGUUAUAAGUUUCAUGAUCCGUCAGUGCGCUGCGCUGUUCGCGGCGCCCGCGCAGCUCGCCACCGACGCCGCCGCCUACUUCUCCUUGCGCGAGCGCAGGCGGCUCCUGUCCCCAGAUGUCGACUUGGAUGAGAGUAUUACUGAUAAGACGGCAGCGAGUACGGUAUACACGUUCGUGGACAGAGGCCGUACGCGUAUGGAGAACGCCCGCAACCCCACAGACACGGCGCUGGCGCAGUUAUACGCGCACAUACAGGCGCUGCCCGACUCCGCGCACAAGAGACGACUUGUCAAACAUUUUAAUAGACAGAAUGGAUACGGAACACCAAUACAAAUUCAACGGACGGGUAAAGUGGCGGGUUCUAGAAGUUUCGGUGAUUCAAUCAAACGGCAUAUUUUCAACAAGGGCUUGCUCAACAAAACUCCAAAAAAGGGCUCCUCCGUCAAUACGGUCGAUGAGAAGUCCUGCAAGGGAAAGUUAAAAUUUACGGACGAUAGUAAAGUCGAUGUUACCCAUAAAAAUAUAAUUUUAAAGAAUUUAGCAAAUAAAAUAGCUAGCACUGAAUCCUUAGAUUACGAGUCCGACCAAAGCAAUGAGAGCACUUUAUCCGAAGGUGCUUUAAAUCAAUCGAAAAAAUUGAGUCCGAAAUUCGUAUCCGAACCGAAUUUGAGUAUAAUCGACCAGAAUGAUACACCGAAAAAUACCAAAAAACGUGGUACACGAUUGUUCAGAUCUAAAGUGAUAUCCGGUUCGCAGAAUCUAAAUAAGAAAUACCAGAAACGUGGUACAAUUCGUGGUACGCCGACUUGUGUGUCAUGUUUGGAUACUUCGGAGAAUGAAUCUAUGGAGAAUGAGAUUGAUGUAACGCCAAAGAAAUCUAAACUUUCUGAUGAAGAGAUAGAGUUUAAAAUGCAUUAUUUAACGAGCACUCCGGGGUUGAAUGAGGAAGUGCUCGAGGAAUGCAGUACUCCGUAUGUCAACUUCAGAAGAGCUUCAAUGUCUCCGAUAACAAAAUCAACACAAAAAUUGUCUAAAGCAAUGCAGGAAUCAAUAAUGACACCACGCUCAAGGAAGCCUUUAAUAAUAACAUGUGAGCAAAGAGAUUGUCUGCCUGAACCGGAGAAGGAGAAGGAGAAGCUGCAGCUGGCGUACCAGGCCGGCUCGCCCAACGACAGCGACUUCGUGUCUUCAGACGACGAUAUAUCAAGAUCCUCUAUUUCUUGCGACAGGUCGGGUCAUUCUACUACAUCAUCGAGAAAUAUACCAUUCGAUGGUAGAUCAGGUUCUAUCGAAGUCAGUCCACUCCGGUCUGAAAAUACCAGAUUUGUAGUCAGCCAUGAAAGGAGGAACAUAACCGAUUUAAAUACAACCCUAUGUGAUGAUGGAUUACUUCCAAAUAUCAAAACCCACGAAAUGGGAUAUAUCGAGAAAUCGAAAUCGUUAUCGGAACCAUUCAGAGAGUAUUUACUCAGCAGAUCGGUGCUAACAGCGACGCCGAUCGAUUUAUCGAUAUUAAAAUCGGAAUCGAACGAUUCGAUUACCGAAUCGUUAAUGUACUGUCUCGAUGGAAACAUGCCGACCGAUUUGACAACAUCGAUUAGUAGUUUAGUGCUGGAAUCGAAUCGACGGUCGCCAUUAAAAGAGAUAAAUAAUUUACACAGUCCGAAUAGAAAGAGAUGUGCUGAUGGAGAAACGGGUACGGGAAUAAAAAAAGUUAUUAUCGAAAAACCGAAUCUUCCAGAUCAACCUUUCGAAUUGCGUGAAACUGAUCUUUAGUGUUACCAGAAAUACUCGUGUAUUAAACAUUCUAGUGUUGCCUUUUAUUGAUUAGUUUUUUUUCCUAAUUUGUUAUGUUGUUUAUGUUAGUUUUGUAACUUUAAUAUUAUUGUAUAUUUAGGAUUAGUGUAUUAAAAAAUAUACUAAAAUGUUUGUCUGAUUUAUUGUAGUUAGUGACUACGAAGACAUACGAAUGAGAAUUGAAAAUAAUAUAAACCGAAUGCGUAACAGUCCACUGAAAAGGGCCAUAGCCCUAAAAGUAUUGAUUUGCCCUUUAAUAAUAUUAUAACCAAAGUAUUACCAUACUAAAAAAUGCUUGAUUUAUACUAUAUACCAAUUAAAACAUCUCUAAGCUUUGAGAAAUUUUACAACUGGUUUUUUAAUUUUUUUUUGUUGCUACCAGAUCGUAUUCUUUCAAGUGUUAUUAAAUAAUUCAUAUGCAGGUCUACAAAUUUAACUUGAGUGUAAUUAUAAUAUAAUUGUAUAUAAGUAAAGAUUGUUGAUUAAUA